AAAUAACAGGUGAGCUGUUCGACAAACUUAUCGAUAUUAUAAAAACACAUGAAAAUAAAGUCAACGAGUAUAGGACGAUCAAUACCGAUAAAAUAUGCAGGAUAUUUCGCAAAAGAAGAUUUGAGUACAGUCACCAGAUUUUCUAACAGUAAUAUAAUCUAUCAAGGCAUAAGGAUAACUUGGAACUGUUUUCAAGAUGAUGAUAAACGACCAACUGGUUCUCUAUGAGGAUUAUGAUGAAAACUAUGUUCCUCCCGAGGAUGAUAUUUGUGAGUAUGCCCAAUGUAUUGGUAUAGACCCUGACAAGGAACCAUAUUUGCUCUGGAUUGCUAGAAAGGGAAUAAAUGCUCCUCUCCCAGAGAAUUGGAAACCUUGCCAAGAUCCAGGUGGCAAUAUUUAUUACUUCAACUUUGCUUCUGGAGAGAGUAUAUGGGAUCACCCAUGUGAUGAGUUCUACAAAAAGAUGGUCAUAGAAGAAAGGAAGAGAGUCAAUUUGUCACAAAAACAAGGUGUUUUAAGAUUGCUGAAUCUAUCAAAACGCACGCUCCGCCAAGAUCCAGGUGGCAAUAUUUAUUACUUCAACUUUGUUACUGGAGAGAGUAUAUGGGAUCACCCAUGUGAUGAGUUCUACAAAAAGAUGGUCAUAGAAGAAAGGAAGAAAGUCAAUUUGUCACAAACACAAGAUAAAAUGGCAACCAAAGAAAAAAUUGACAAGACAGAAAAAGAUGAAAGAGAAAAUAGAAAAGAUAAACCGUCACAGAUGAUGAUAAACGACCAGCUGAUCCUUGAGGAGGAUUAUGAUGAAAACUAUGUUCCUACCGAGCACGAAAUUUGUGAGUAUGCCGAAUGUAUUGGUAUAGACCCUGGCCAGGAACCACAUUUGCUCUGGAUUGCCAGAGAAGGUGUCAAUGCUAAACUUCCUGAAAAUUGGAAGCCUUGCCAAGAUCCAGGUGGCGAUAUUUACUACUUCAACUUUGCUUCUGGAGAGAGUACUUGGGAUCACCUAUGUGAUGAGUUCUAUAAAAAGAUGGUCAUAGAGGAAAGGAAACAAACAGAAGGUGCAAUGGCAAAAGGGGAAGACAAGCCAGAAAAAGCAAGAACAGAUAAACAUGUAGAGAAAAAGGACAACGGUCCAAGGAACACAGAGGAUACAUUCACUAUCGGCUUGUUUGGUCCUCAGUAUAUACAACUAUGUGCAGCAUUUCUUUUUAAGAUGAUAAACGACCAACUGGUUCUCGAUGAGGAGUAUGAUGAAAACCAUGUUCCUCCCGAGCACAAAAUUUGUGAGUAUGCCCAAUGUAUUGGUAUAGACCCUGACAAGGAACCAUAUUUGCUCUGGAUUGCUAAAAAGGGAAUAAAUGCUCCUCUCCCAGAGACUUGGAAACAAAGCCAGGGUCCAGAUGGCGAUAUAUAUUACUUCAACUCUGUUACUGGAGAUAGUAUAUUGGAUCACCCAUGUAAUGAGGUCUACAAGAAGAUUGUCAUAGAAGAAAGGAAGAAAGUCAAUUUGUCACAAACACAAGAUAAAAUGACAACCAAAACAGACAUUGACAAGACAGGAAAAGAUAAAAGAAAAAGAAAAAAGGGAAAAGAUAAACCGUCACAGAUGAUGAUAAACGACCAGCUGAUCCUUGAGGAAGCUUUUGAUGUUUAUACCGAGGAUGAUAUUUGUGAGUAUGCCAAGUUUAUUGGUAUAGACCCUGACAAGGAACCACAUUUGCUCUGGAUUGCCAGAGAAGGUGCUAAGGCUCCACUUCCUGAACAUUGGAAAUCGUGCAAAGAUCCAGAUGGCGAUAUUUAUUACUUCAACUUUAAUACUGGAGAGAGUACAUGGGAUCACCCACGUGAUGAGUCCUACAAAAAGAUGGUCAUAGAAGAAAGGAAGAAAGUCAAAUUGUCACAAACACAAGAUAAAAUGACAACCAAAAAAGACAUUGACAAGACAGGAAAAGAUAAAAGAAAAAAGGGAAAAGAUAAACCGUCACAGAUGAUGAUAAACGACCAGCUGAUCCUUGAGGAAGCUUUUGAUGUUCAUACCGAGGAUGAUAUUUGUGAGUAUGCCAAUUUAAUUGGUAUAGACCCUGACAAGGAACCACAUUUGCUCUGGAUUGCCAGAGAAGGUGCUAAGGCUCCACUUCCUGAACAUUGGAAAUCGUGCAAAGAUCCAGAUGGCGAAAUUUAUUACUUCAACUUUGUUACUGGAGAGAGUAUAUGGGAUCACCCAUGUGAUGAGUUCUACAAAAAGAUGGUCAUAGAAGAAAGGAAGAAAGUCAAAUUGUCACAAACACAAGAUAAAAUGACAACCAAAAAAGACAUUGACAAGACAGAAACAAACAAAAAAGACAUUGACAAGACAGGAAAAGAUGAAAGAAAAAGAAAAAAGGGAAAAGACAAACCGUCACAGAUGAUGAUAAACGACCAGCUGAUCCUUGAGGAAGCUUUUGAUGUUCAUACCGAGGAUGAAAUUUGUGAGUAUGCCGAGUUUAUUGGUAUAGACCCUGACAAGGAACCACAUUUGCUUUGGAUUGCCAGAGAAUGUGUCAAUGCUCCACUUCCUGAACAUUGGAAACCUUGCAAAGAUCCAGGUGGCGAUAUUUAUUACUUCAACUUUGUUACUGGAGAGAGUAUAUGGGAUCACCCAUGUGAUGAGUCCUACAAAAAGAUGGUCAUAGAAGAAAGGAAGAAAGUCAAUUUGUCACAAAAACAAGGCGAUGUUAUUUUAGGUACAAUGGCAAAAGGAGAAGAUAAGCAAGAAAAAGGAAGAAAAGUUAAACAUAAAGAGAAAAGGGACAAAAUAAUAAAGUCUUAAAAAGGGGUCCAAGGAACUCAGAGUAUACAUUCACUGUCCGCUUGUUUGGUCUUCAGUAUAUACAGCUAUGUGCAGCAUUUUUUGUAUUAAAUUAAAAAUAACUGAUGGGGAACCUAUGCAACGACAAAUUUGUCAAAUAUAGAAGUAAAUGUCUUUCAAUGCUUUUGUACUCACUUAGAGGAGUAACAUAAACCUUAAACCAAUGGAGUUUUAGGAUAGUAAACAAUGACAAUUAAUGUCUAACCUUAUUGACCCUUUUUUAUAUAUACAUGUAUACAUGUAUAACUAGGGGCGUCCGCGGCCGAGUGGUUAAGGUCAUUGACUUUAAACCACUUGCCCCUCACCGCUCCCAGACAGGGACUUUGGAUUCUUUCUUGUGAGGAAGCUAUCCAGCUAGCUUACGGAACGUCGUUGGUACUACUCAGGUGCCCGUUUGAGCCUGAAAUAAUGCACCUGAGGUCUUCCUCCACCAGUUAAACGCUGGAUAGUCGCGAUAUGACCUAUACUGUGUCGAUGUGACGUAAAACCCAAAACAAACAA